AUGGAUACUAAGGGUCAUUCGUUUCUGGACAGAGUUUUUGACAUUUUGAAGGAUGAAACAGCUGAUGAACUUCCUCUCAUUCAAUUCAAACACCCAAAGGAGUUGGAAGAAAUACUCAGCAAUGACCUCGACAUAUCUAUAAACGUGGAUGACAAAGAGUUGGAAAACUCCGUUAGAAAAAUUCUGCAGUACAGUGUUAAAACAAACAAAGUAACCUUUAGGAACCAGUUGUAUGGACCCAUGGAUCCAUAUGGACUGGCUGGCACGUGGAUAGCUGAGGCUUUCAACACUAGCCAGUACACAUUUGAAGUCGCCCCAGUAUUUACGUUGAUAGAACUCAAAAUGAUAGAGCACAUAUUAAAAUUAUUUGGUAUACCUGGAGGUGAUGGUAUCUUCAGUCCAGGAGGGAGCAUCUCCAUGUUGUAUGCUUUGGUAGCUGCGAGGUUUAAAACAUUCCCUGAAGUCAAGAGCAAGGGAAUGAAAAAACUGCCUGAAAUGGUCAUAUUCACUUCCGAAGAUAUGAUUGUAGACGAACUAAAUAAAGCGAUAGAAUUUCAAUUGAGUCUGGGAAAGUAUCCUGUGUUUGUAAAUGCUACUGCUGGUACAACGGUUUUAGGAGCUAUUGACGACUUAGAAGCUGUUGCAUCUAUUUGUAAAAAAUACAAUAUUUGGAUGCAUGUUGACAUGAUCGGCGCUCCGUUACAAUGUUCCAUAUUUCUGCUGAAAGAAAAGGGUUUGCUGCACGAAGCUAACGCUGCAGCAGCGCAGUACCUGUUCCAGCAAGAUAAAUUUUAUGACGUUCGAUAUGAUACAGGAGAUAAAAGUGUUCAGUGCGGGAGAAAGAUAGAUUCUUUUAAAUUGUGGAUGAUGUGGAAGGCGCGAGGAGAUAUCGGCCUUUGUAAGCUGAUGGAUCAUGUCAUGAGUAUAUCAGAGUUCUGUUUGCGAUCUAUCGCUGAAAGAGAAGGUUUCAGACUAGUUUCAGACACUUUGCAAUGUCCUAACAUUUGUUUCUGGUACAUUCCAGUUUUUAUGAGAAAACAGGAGGAAAAUGAUGCGUGGUGGGCACUCAUUCAUAAGAUUACACCAAAACUCAAAGAGCUGUUAACAUUAAGUUCUCGUUUAAUGAUAGCUUAUACGCCUUUACGACAUCACAAGAACUUUUUCCGACUAGCGUUCACCUUCCAUCCUGUUGUUGAAGAAAAGCACGUUCUGGAGAUAUUACAAUCUAUAGAAGAAUGUGGAGAAAUGAUAAACAUAGACAUGGUCUAA